AGACGUCAAAAUGUAUUUUAGUUGGUUUUGUAGUCAAACUUCUCAUGUGAUUGUAAAUAGUACCAGUGAAUCACUAAGGAAAUAUUUUUAAAUGUAUUCUAUUUGUGAUAUUUAUUUAUAAAAAAUCAUUAAAAUUAGUCAACUCUCCUAUAACUUAGUGUUUGUAACUAGUUCAGAACUAACUGUCCACCAGACGAAAAUUGUACGCCCGUCCGUUAGAAGUGCACACUUUUCUGAGUCUCAAAUCUCGUGCUUGGCUGCCUCCCAAAAAGAGUCGUAGCGAGGUUCGUAGCUUGCCGACAACGUUGACAUCUCCCCAAGGCGCUCGGUUGUAGAGGCUCUAAAAGUUAACGGCCUGGCCUCUUGGAGUUCUCUCGCGAUCGUACCUUAGCCGCCGCAGCUUCGAAAGAGCCAUUUUAAUACAGAAGAAGGAAAAGAAGAAGAAAAAUCAGAGGAAAGAUCAAGAGAGACUUUGCGAGCGAUCGAGCGAACGAGGAGUGUGCUCUGGUAGUGUGUGAAUAUUUGGUGUGUGAUAUAAAACCAUACCGUUUCUUUGAUGCUAUUUCAACAUCGUAACCACUGAGACCGCUCAGUUAUGUUUAUUCUCUGGUCGAGUGCUGAGGUGCGAGUUCCGAAAAUGGCAGUUCCGGCGGAUCGUAGUUUGCGGAUCUGUGAGCCUGUUCAUGAGACUGCACUGGAGUGGUAAUCGAAGCAAUUGGCAGCCGCAAGUAAUAAAAUAAUUCAAGAGUUAGCGGUUUAACUAGAGUGAUUGUGCGAUAAUUUAAUAAAAAUCUUAAUCACAAGGAUCGAAGAACAAGAAGAAACAAAAGUGUGAUGCCGCUUCGUCGGAAGGCCGUACUUUCUGGAAAUAGCUGACUCGUGGAUUAAAACCAGAAACUCGGAUUAGAUUUGUGCGUGUUGAAAAAAUAUUUGUGGGAAACAAAGAGCAUUUGGUGUGCCUGAUCAGCGAGGAAGAAAUAACACAACAAUGAAUGUGCUUAGUUCGCUGAUCCUAUCAACGGUGGAGGUCGCUAAUCUUCUUCCGCUGGUAGCGGUAGUCAUCUGCGUUGGUGCCAUGAUAAUGUUUCUAGCCAAGGCUGCUGUUAUACUGCGAGUACAAGCUGACGACACUCUGCGACCUUCAACGAUACCCACGAACCCUAAUGUGCAAGUGCCCAGGCUGAAAAUGACGCGCGUUCACAUACCGUUCACCUUUCGCCUGUUGGAGACAGGAAACAACUCUUUUGAAGAGGUUCGGUUAGCUGUUUCCAGCCAGGUUAAGUACCAGAUGGCCGCAUUUUGGGCCGUUUCGAUACGUGAACUUCAUAUGUCCUUGUGGCGAACCUGGAGUGAACUGCGGGAACAAACACGACUUUCGGUGAUAGUGGACUCGGCGCACUGCCAACAGCUCGCUACAAAUGUGAGAUGUCAACAACCUCACAGCGAAACGGUGGUAGCAUUAAAGUCGCCAAAGCCACCCCUUCUGCUAGGUGCCCCACCGCGACUUGCCUAUCCGCUGGUGGUGUUUAUGAUUCGCGAAACUGAAACCGACGAGCUAUUGCAUCCAGAUGAAACGGUUAUUCUUGUGAAUGUAGUGCAUCUCAGAGAUCCGGUCUGCCCACUGCCAACGUCCAUACUGGCGCAGUAUCUAAAGCAAGCGAGCGGACAAUUAUCAUGUUUGAAGCAACUGUACCUAGCCACCGGAGAUCCGUCGUCGUCCGAUGAUGGUGGUUCCACGCAGAUCUCCGGAUCGCUGUCCCUGGCGGAGCCCGUUGCUUGUGCGGACAGCACUGGGCCACUGUUGUGCACGGACUCGGUACUUCAGGACUGUCCCGGCAUCGAGCAGCUGUGUGUGGUUUGCCACUACUUUCCUCUUUCGCGGGCGCUGUUACCCUGCCGACACACCUGCAUCUGCGCGGUUUGCUUCGGCAAACUGGACCGCUGUCCGAUGUGCCGCGCUGCAAUCACCAGCUAUUUCUGCAUACGAUCGGAGGAGUACGUACCACCGAAUGCGAUCGAGUCCAAGGUAAAUAGCAAGUCCAAAGUGGCCGUUCACUGGUUGGACGCACUCAACGAUAGACUAACAGACUUUUUAGGGUUCAGAUAACGAGCGUCCCACCUGACUUAAGCGAUGUGUUUUAAUGUGUUAAUAAAUUGUGGAUUUGUGGAUAAACUAAAAUCAUCUUGGAAUAGAAUUAACAGCGUUGACGUGAUUUCGACAUCUUGCACGUGGGAAACGCUUUUAAAUCAAAAAAAUAAGCAAUAUUCUAUUUCAUUGUGUAUGAACAUCGCCGGCGAUCGGAGUCACAAAUUCUAGAUACGAUAAGGGAAGUUCUAUUGUUUUAUUGUUUAAUCUUGUGCGGCUUGUUCCUUUUAUUUUAAGAUUGCUUGAUUCGUUUCUAUGACUAUGCUCUAAUUAUCUGCCCUUAUAACACUCAAAGCAAGUCCGUCUCACAAACACAAUGUUGUCGAUUUUUUUGUUCAGCCAAAUCAUCAUCGAAAUUGUAUGGCUUCUGACUACUUUCAGUGGUAAAUAAGAUUUAUCCCAAAUAACCCAUUACUGCAGAAUCGCAGAAUUGGGCAUUUCAGUGAAAUAUUUUAGUUUUACGCAAUUCACAGCGAUUUCAAUCAAUGUUUUUUUUUAAUUCGUUUCAUCUUGGGAUUCCUUAUACCCUAUCCUAUGCACGCCCGAAAUUCCAAUCACGCAGUGGUACCAACAUGACAAAAAAAUGUGCCAAACCAAACGUUUGAUAGUAAGUCGUCGCUAACUUGUGGUACGUGAAUUUUGGACCAAAAUUUUGUGCAGCUCACAAUGCCUCACCUUUUGACCUUCACAGAUCCCCAAAAUUCGAUUUCAAUCCUGAGAUAUUCAAAGAAAACCACUUUUCAUAUGAAAGUAGUUUCAAUCUUGUCGUGCUAUCUUGUCACUCUCUGAAAAUUGAUGUAAGUGCGACAAAAGGCAAAGGGAUUUCAGGUCAGGAUGCGUCUGACGCACGUACAAGUGAGACUACCGUAAAGAUUUUAAGCAUAGGUACGUUUUUCUCGGAACGUCAAAAUGGCGGGUGCGACAAGAUAGCACGACGACGUCAAAGUGUAAGCGCUGUGUAAAAAGAGUGUGAAACUAAAAAGUGAUACCGUUCGUUUGACAACAAUUGGUGUCAAACCAUCGGGGUUUUAGUGUAUUAUUGUUCACAACGAUAUAGCUCAUUUUUUAGAUUAAUUACGUUUGAUUAAUUUUACAAUCCAGUUAUUGCAGGAUUGGGUCCGUAAGUUUGACAAUUUUGGAAUAAGAAGACAACAACUUCCUUCGUUGCUGUGCACCCUUAAUUAAAUUUAAUUUCAUUUCAUUUAAUGAAAAAACGUGAUCAGGAAUGGUUUUCUAUCUAUUUUUAACGGUGUACAUAAAAAUUGACAUAGAACCCUAUUUAUACAUUUCAGAAGCUGAACCUCCUUAAAGUCAAUAAAGUUGUUGUCCAGAUCAAUCAUAUGAUCCGAUGAUUAUAGUUUAACAGCAAUACACUGAAACCCCGAUGGUUUGACACAAAUUGCACGGGGUCACUUUUUAGUUUGACACCCUCUUUACUAGAGAGCCUGGAGCUUAUUAUAAGCUCCAGGCUCUCUACUCUUUACACGGAGCUCACACACACUAGGGAGCGUUAUUUUAUUACGUAACGCAAAAUAGUGAGCGUUUCGACCCCCCCUCCCCCCCCCCCCUCCAUCUUAACUAAAUUUUCAUACAAAUUUUAUAAAUUUUGUAUGAAGUGUAACCCCCACUCUCGCCCCAACUACGUUACGUAAUAAAAGAACACUCCCCUACCAAACGCUUAAACAAAAUUUGUUUAAUAUUUGUUUAAAAUUUAUUUAACAUUUUUCUAAACUAAAUUUGCAUGCAAGUUAAAUUUUAGCAAUUUCGAAAUAUCUGGACAAAAAUACAUUAUUAAAAAGCGAAGCUACGAAAUCAGUGAUUCUGCAGGCAUGGUAGAGUUUAUUUUCAUAAACCUGUAAAUUAAUCAAUCUUUAUCUUUAGCAACCGGCUUUAAUUCUUCGAUUUAUUGUUUUAUCUGAAUUUAUACAUAUUUUAGUCCCGCUUCAAUAAACAAUAACUCAAAAUAGCCAACUCAAGAUAAAAGCAAUCCUUCUCCCGUGUAUUUUUAUUAACCAUGUAAAACAUUAGAACCAUAUAUGUGAUUAAAAAUUCCAAAAUCAAAAGCACGAUUGACCCAGCUAGGGUGAUUCAUUCUUAGUAUUUUAAAAAUAAAGAAUUUCAAACGUUCAACGCUCAGAGGUUGAUCGGCACAGUAAUAACCUUCUGAAGUAAUAGCAAAAUUUAGCCUAGAUAAUUUAUUGUAUGUAGAAAAACCCGAUAAACAAUAUUGCCUAGGUAUUUUUAAGGUAGCGAAACAUAAUAAAAAUAAUUAAACUGUC